CCGACACGGCCUCUCGAACGGGAAGGUGGAAGAUCUGGAUGCCGAAAUCCCAGGAUCGUCCGUUACCGGAAUCCAUGUUUCUCCUGAUUGCCGUCCCAUCCGCACUAAUUAAUCUGGCAUCCAUGUCUCGUACCUAAGAUAUUGUUCCAAGACUAACCGGGCUUACUACUGUAGUACUUAAGAGCCGUGGAAUCCGCCAACCCCAGGUGUCAUAUAGACUUCACGACCACACGGGCUUGGGAUUCACGACUCACAAUUCCACGUUCAGGAUGGUCCACUCCCCUUUACUUGGACUCGCCUGGGUGCUCGCGGCUACUCCGCUUGCCAGAGCCGAUAUCACGACAGCCAUCAACGCCAAAUCGAACUGGGGUACAUGGGAGGGAUGGGGUACGUCUCUGGCAUGGUGGGCCAAGCAGUUCGGCCACCGCGAUGACCUCGCCGACGCCUUCUUCACCCUCAAGUCGACUACUGUGAACUCACAGACCCUCCCCGGCCUUGGCUUCAACAUUGUACGGUACAACGCAGGGGCCUCGAGCUGGAAAGCUAUCGGAAGCGAGCGCAUGGUCGAGUCCAAGAACAUCAAGCGGUCUCGCCAGAUCGAAGGGUUCUGGCUAGACUGGAACAGCGCCGACGCGUCCUCGUCCAGCUGGGACUGGUCCGUCGACGCCAACCAGCGCGCGGCGCUGCAAAAGGCCGUGGCCCGCGGCGCCAACCGGACCGAGCUCUUCUCCAACUCGCCCAUGUGGUGGAUGUGCAAGAACCACAACCCGUCGGGCGCCAGCGACGGGAGCGAGAACAUCCAAUCCUGGAACCUGGAGCAGCACGCCGUCUACAUGGCGACCGUCGCCCAGGAAUUCCAGACCCGUUUCGGCAUCCGCUUCGAAACAGUCGACCCCUUCAACGAACCGUCCGCCAACUGGUGGAAGGCCGAUGGCACGCAGGAGGGGUGCCACAUCGACGUGGCCACCCAGUCCACCAUCGUCAACCACCUCUCCGCGCACCUCUCCCGCCGCGGCCUCGCCACCGUCAUCUCGGCCUCAGACGAAUCCCUCUACGACCAAGCCCUGGCCACCCUCCGCGCCAUCGGCAGCACCGCCCUGAGUAAUAUCGCCCGCAUCCACGUCCACGGCUACCAGUACGGCAGCGGCAACCGCGCGGGGCUCCGCGAUGCCGCCCGCUCGGCGGGGAAGCCGCUCUGGCAGAGCGAAUACGGCGACGGCGUCGGCUCGGGCGAGAAUUUGGCGCGCUACUUGCUCCAGGACAUGCGCCAGCUGCGGCCGACGGCAUGGGUGUACUGGCAGGUCCUCGACGGCGGCGGAUGGGGGCUCAUUGACGCCGAUAAUGACGCCAACCGGCUUGGCGUCGCGACCCAAAAAUAUUUUGUCCUGGCGCAGUUUGCGAGGCAUAUUCGCCCGGGGAUGCGUAUUCUGGAUGGCGGAAGGGAUAAUGUCGUUGCGGCGUAUGAUGCGAGCGGUGCGGGCAAGUUGGUCAUUGUCGCGGUCAACUGGGAUGCGCCGCAGUAUAUCAACUUUGAUCUGUCGGGCUUCUCGCAGCGGCCGGCGGAGGGGGUCAGGGUGCCGCGGUGGAGGACGCAUAUCGGGUCUGGCGAUCGGUAUGCGCAGUUUACGAGCGAUACCAGCAUCAGUGGGUCGAGGUUUUGGUCGUACUUUGAGAAGAAUACGGUGCAGACGUUUGAAGUCACUGGCGUUAAGUUGUAAGGCAAAGCUACGGGCCUGGAGGAUUAUUUGUUGAAAGGAUUGGGGUAUUUAGUAGCCAGCUACCUAUCUUGGAGAGGAGAAAUGUCUACCACUUUUGCGGUUGAAGAUUGUUCUAGUCUCGUACUGUGACUUGAGACACGGAGUAGUUAAGGGAAAGCUCAAG